ACCUGGCGGCUCACCUGGGUGAGCGCGCUUCCGCAGGAAGAAGGAAGCUGCCCUGCCGCCUCUGCCUCUCGCUCCGGCUUCUCAGCUUCGCCGGCCGCCACCAUGUCGGCCUCGGCAGUCUUCAUUCUGGACGUCAAGGGCAAGCCCCUGAUUAGCCGAAACUACAAAGGUGAUGUGCCCAUGACGGAGAUCGACCACUUCAUGCCACUGCUUAUGCAGCGUGAGGAGGAGGGGGUGCUGGCCCCGCUGCUGAGCCAUGGCCGAGUGCACUUCCUGUGGAUCAAACACAGCAACCUCUACUUGGUGGCCACCACCCUGAAGAACGCCAACGCCUCCCUGGUGUACUCCUUUCUGUACAAGACCGUGGAGGUCUUCUGUGAGUACUUUAAGGAGCUGGAGGAGGAGAGCAUUCGAGAUAACUUUGUCAUUGUGUAUGAGCUGCUGGAUGAGCUCAUGGACUUCGGCUUUCCACAGACCACGGACAGCAAGAUCCUGCAGGAGUACAUCACACAACAGGGCAACAAGCUGGAGACAGGCAAGUCUCGAGUACCACCUACGGUCACCAAUGCUGUUUCAUGGCGCUCCGAGGGGAUCAAGUACAAAAAGAAUGAGGUCUUCAUUGACGUCAUAGAGUCUGUUAACCUUCUGGUCAAUGCCAAUGGCAGUGUCUUGCUCAGCGAGAUUGUGGGCACCAUCAAGCUGAAGGUGUUUUUGUCUGGGAUGCCAGAGCUGCGGCUGGGCCUCAAUGACCGAGUGCUCUUUGAGCUUACUGGCCUUUCAGGCAGCAAGAACAAGUCUGUGGAACUGGAAGAUGUGAAAUUCCACCAGUGUGUGAGGCUUUCGCGCUUUGACAAUGACCGCACCAUCUCCUUCAUCCCCCCAGAUGGGGACUUUGAACUCAUGUCCUACCGCCUCAGCACCCAGGUCAAACCCCUGAUCUGGAUCGAGUCGGUCAUUGAGAAAUUCUCCCACAGCCGAGUGGAGAUCAUGGUCAAGGCUAAGGGGCAAUUUAAGAAGCAGUCAGUGGCCAAUGGCGUGGAAAUAUCUGUGCCUGUUCCCAGUGAUGCAGACUCCCCACGCUUCAAGACCAGUGUGGGCAGUGCCAAGUAUGUGCCUGAGAAGAAUGUUGUCAUUUGGAGUAUCAAGUCCUUCCCUGGCGGCAAAGAGUACUUGAUGCGUGCCCACUUUGGGCUCCCGAGCGUGGAAACUGAGGAGGUGGAGGGCCGGCCACCCAUUGGGGUCAAGUUUGAGAUUCCAUACUUUACAGUUUCUGGCAUCCAGGUCCGUUACAUGAAGAUCAUUGAGAAAAGUGGAUACCAGGCCCUGCCCUGGGUCCGCUACAUCACCCAGAGUGGGGAUUAUCAACUUCGUACCAGCUAGAAGGGAGAUGUGGGCUUUGAACAUGAGUUGAACAUGUGGCUUCCUUCUCAGACACAGCUUCAGACUAUGAAGGCGUGUGCGUGCGUGCGUGCGUGCGUGCGUGUGUUCAUGCUGGGUUGGGGUACUAACAACACAGUCUUGCUGCCAGUGCCCCACCCCCUGUACCUCCCAGCUGUCUAGGAUGGUUGUGUCCCUCAGCCUUGGCGCUCUCCCAUCCUGAUUUUAUAUGAAGAAAUAUAAGAGGACCUGAACUGCCCCUCCCGCUCCGUGAGUGCCUUCUUGCAAUGACCUGCCUUGGGCAGCUCUUUUAUAGCUGCUGAGCCUAGGCCCUGGUGGCCCUCCAUCUGAGUUUUAGGGUGUCAUUAAAAUAAAUCUAACAGC